GCACGGAACCGUGAGACGGCAGUGGGGGAUGUGCCUGGAGAACGGCGAGCGGAACCCGUGGAAGGCGGCAGCGCAGACCCCCCGCCAGGUGGACAGUACCCUGGUAAAUUUGAAGGGCGACUACGAAUACCAGCUGCGCUUGGCCGAGAGCGUCGUCGGCGGCCCCAUGACUUCUCACUUUCCUGGCGGCCAGGCGCUCGCGCUGCAGGACGCUGCAGCCGCCGACGUGGACGUGGCCGUCGCUCCGCCCGAGGCGGGCAUCGUGGAGGUGCAGGCCGCCCCGCCUCGUGGCGACGCCGCUGGCUCAUUGGGUGAGGUUCGGAGGAAUCUAGCGUCGAUGGCAGGCCCUCACCUUGGUGGCACUGUGGGCCACCGCUGGGCCCCUCACGGUAUCCUUUGUUGCUUGAGCUUGGCAUUCCAACUCAAGCCGUCUGCGAAGUUAUCUGACUUGCUCGCCAUGGUUGUCCAGAUGUUCUACGGGAGGGAUGGGUCGCAGCUGGUGAACGAGAUCCGCCAUGGGAGGAUUCCGCUUCCUUCGUCAGAGUUGAUGCGUCAAGCUCGCAUUCGUUUGGAUGUGCUAGCGAUUCUAUAUGAGCGUGAGUUAAACAAAGAUUUUAAGUUCAUGAGGUACUUGUUAGUAGAUGGUAGUAAGCAGCUCGGCCGGCAUUUCUUGUGUACCCGAGAAGACCGCAUACGUUAUCCACGAUCGGAGUUUGGGAAUCCUGGCUUCAUGGUGAGGUAUGACCUGAACGAAGGCUUCGAAUCCAGAGUCUGCCCGCUUUCGACAACUGGCGAGGGGCACUCCACCGCUUUAAAGAAAACGUUCAAUGUCACGAGCAUGUUUCUCAUGGAGUGCGAGCGCGAGUCCGAUUUCGAAGAACGUCGGUGCGAGGUCUUCGGCAUUGCAACUGAUCAGGGGGCUGAGGCAAAGAUCCACGAUCAAGCAGCAAACAUAGUGCCUUUCUGGGAUGGUAAAUAUGCUGCGCUUGAUCCCAGGAGUUGGUUGUGGCCGUUUGUGUUGUUCGUGACUGGGCACCUUCACUUGUUGUUUAACGCGUUGGAGGAAGCAUGUAAGCAGGUCAGCGUCGCGACCGGGUUUUUCAGUAACCUGGCGACGAUGUGCAAGUUUUCGGGUGAUAGUGGCAUGCGUGAAAAGUUCCAGAAGCAUUGUUGUAUCGGUCGGGCUUGCGCUGGGAAGUUCAAUCACUUUGCAAACCACCGCAUUGACUGGCGCUGGGAAUUCAUGAGCCCUGCGAUUAUUGCUGUCAUGGCAGUAUGGCAUGAUGUUUGCGACAACUUUAACGCAGCAGUGAUGGCGGCAAGCGAGACGGGGAGACUUGAUCGGAAGAUAUUGGAUGAGGUGGCACGCGUCGUGGGUGAUCGUUGGGCGUUCGCUGCAGUCGCGGAGAUGUUCAGGAUGUUCGCCGCCAUCGUCGAGAAAUAUGCUAGCCGACUGGAAGGUUGUGAAUGUCAUUCUUGGAUUUGGAAGCGCAAGCGAAAACACUCCAGUAAGUUGAACGAUCUUGGGGGACUGACUGGCUUUAAGCACUGUGUCUGGAAAGGCCGCCAGGCCGCUUGGUGGGUUGCCGUUGGGCUGGAUCAAAUGCUGUCCGACCUGGCGAACCCCGUUUCUAAAGAUUUGGAUGCAAUUUUAAGCCGUGUUGAUUUAGCUCGCAAGACGGAGAUCUUGAAGUGGGUGAAGGAAAUGUCAGGCAUGCUGAUUGAGAUCGCGCGUCAGAAGAUGCAGUUCUGGAGGCAUUUCCCUUGGCUUGUCGUUGGCGUAUUUUGGGGCGCGUUGAGGAGCGAUCCGGCUGACAUGUCAUGGAGGCGACCGCUGCGACAGAGCAUCGACGAGUCUGAUCAGGCCGUUGCUGCUGGGCGCCCCUUAGGGAGAAUAUCUCAUCGAUUGUUGGGGCCCGAGGGCCCAUGCGGAAGGGAGCUUCGGGAGUUGAACGAUCACGAGGAUCAGCGCUUGAAUGAUUAUCCAAUGGCGUACGCCGCCAUUCUUUCUUACGCUCUGGCGCCGCUGGUGGAGAGGAACGUGGAGAGCAUACACGCUAGAGUCAGCUCUUUGGGGCGCACAAUGACGUACGUGCAUGCGCCGACGGUGUGUGCUCGUCUGCGCGAGCCCACGCACAUAGCGCUGCUGCAGUCCUCAGAGGCGUUCCAUUCGUUCUGUUGCAUGAACUACAGGAAGCUCAAGCUGUUCGAUUGCGUCCUGCAGAACAGGUUCACUACAUCCGAGCUUGAUGGGAUGUCAAGUCGGGAAAAGCUCCAUGCUAUCUACAUGUGCGAUAUCGACUCGAAGUACCAGACCAUGGACCCCCAGAGAGACAGCUGGCAGAUCUGGAAGGAUGGCCUAGACUCCAUGAAGAUGAGGUUGCCCAUUGCUUAUGGUAACCCGACACCUGAGAUCAAACACGCGGUCCAAUUCAUCAAGGGCCUGUUCUGCCAGCACGGGUACUACAGUCUCCCCGUGGAACUUUACAAUGCCAUGGCUUCGCCAGACGUGGAGAUCGUAGAGUUUGUCGACCAGGACGUGUCCCACCAUAUUCUGGACAUGGCGCACGGCGAGGUUGGUGAAUUUGAUGUCCAGUCAUUCUUAUCUGAUUGGUGCAACGUCGUCUUCUUCAAGGUGGUCAACGUGCGCCCAGAGGCUCGACAACACAUGUACGUCCCACACGUGUUCCACACCAGGUGCAAGCGUCUGUUGAAUGACUUGCAUGCGUUUGGGGCCGCUUCGCAGUCCGUGGACCCGAUGGCGCUCGAUCGUUGUGAUUUCGAGGCUCUGCGUUUGUUGGAGGGCUGCGGGGUUGUCCAGAGGACCGAAGACGUGUUCCAUGAGUCCCGUUACUCCAUCAACCUGGAUUGCAUUCGCCAGACCACUCACGUUUACUUGACGCGCCCUCUCCCACUUUGGCGGUGCGAGCUGCCUCGCCGCCCGCUCAUGUCGCUGCCGAAGCUGUGCCACAUGGUGCGGCUGCGCCAGGACGGUUGGGUACCGAGCGCCGCUCGGGCUGCCGUGAGCCCAGGCGGCCCCGGUGAGUACGUGGAGGAGUUCUCCAGGCCUGUGUCGUACUUCGUCGCGCUCCGCAGUUGCGAUGCCAUCUUCUCGAAGGGCGUGGCGGAGAUCUGUCAGCGAAGGGGCAGCAACUAUUACAAAUGCUUGCUGCGCCUCGAUGGCGACACCCUCCGAGCGAUGAUGGAGCGGCUGGCAGUGGAGGACACUGAUGAUGUAUUCAAAGCUUUGCUCAAGAAUGUUCCCGACGUCACCGACAGCGAGGCGAGCGACCUCGAUGCGGACGGGGCCGGCUGCAAUCCCCCGAGGCGCCGCCCUAGGGCGCUGCAGGAUGGCAGCGCCUGCGCUGGCAUCCUCGCACCAGCUGUCCGACAAGAGCGCGAGCACAAUGUCCCUUGGUGGGAGACCGAAUGGAGGCGAUGCUGGGUUACGCUCAACGGCCACAGGACCAAGGUGUGGUUCGAUAACUUUGCAGGCAGGAACGGUCGUCGCCGAGCCUGGUGCAACUGCCCCACCCAUGGAUGCGGCAAGAUACGCCAAGUUUCGCACAACAGGGAUUGGUUUGCGACGGCUCUCAUGCUAUGGCACCUGCGCGGCCUCGGCAACACAGAGAUCACUCGACACGACCACUUACAGUAUUGGCUGGCUGAUGCCGAGGUCUGCGCGGCGCCUGGCGUUGUGGGGGCUGGCCACGCGGGCGCUCAGCAGACCUUCAUCUGCAGGAAGUGCAAGCUUCAGAAGCCUCUGUCUGACAAGUCCGCCACCAAGGAUGGCGAGUGCAAACGUGACACGGCCAGUUACGUGUCCAUCAGCACUCGCUGCCGCACCAGCACAGCUCUUCGGAAUUGGUGGAAGAAUCUAUCUGAGGAUAAGCGGGUCGAGUGGUACAGGAAGCAGCAGGCGAUCCCGAGCAAUGCGAAGCGAUCUUUCGACGAACUACAGCACGCCGAGGAGACUACGAGAGCCGUCGGCACGAGAGAGCGCGACCUUGACCACUACAUGCCGUGGUGGAUGUUUCUGGAGAGGCUGAGUCCCCACAAGAACCGUGAUGAGAUUGUGGCCAUGUGGGACGAGGCGCUCAGGAACCCAGGGGUCACGUGCAUCUUCAGGCGGAACGAGUGGCGCUGCAGCAUCUGGGAGGGCGUGAUGAUGGAGCGCGUGGACGAGCGCCUGCAGAUCGCUCGCACCGGCCGCAUGGCGAGCGUGCGCGAUCCUGAGACACUGGCAGAGCUGCAGCGGAGGGCCGACGUGGCGCUGUCUGAGUCAUUGCAAUCUAUGGCGACGCCGCACAGCCUCCAGUCUCAGGGCAUCGUCGGAGAGCAAGCUCCCGUGGUGUCCACGAGCUUGUCCGAGCAGCCCGCGCAGCCGACCAUGGCCAACAUCGUGGGGGCGUCCACCCAGCAGCGCAUCGACGCGCGCCGAUCCCACCUUGAGAACGAGGACCCCAUGGCUGCUGGCGGCGUCCAGGCCGCUGCUGCUGGCGAUGGGGACGGGGGCGCCGUGGCCGAGGGUGGCGCUCAGAAGAUGGCCAUCGGCAAGAUCAGGUUCAACGCGCACGUCGAGGCCAAGCUCCUCGACUUGAACAAGAUCUUAGAUGAUUGCGAGCUCAAGGCGCAGGAGGCCGAGGCGUCCGUGGCGGCCAGCAGCUCCGCGGGUGAAGCCCGCGACGCUCUCAAGCAGAAGAUCCAGGAGCUUCUCGACAGGGCAACAGCGCAGAUCACCAAGUGCAAGGGCGAUGUCGAGAGCCAGCGGGUCCAGGGCGCUGCCGCCACGACGGUGCAGCAGUUGCAGACGGCCAGCUCUGAGGUGACUAAGUUGCUGCAGAAGUGCAAGAAGGCCGUCAGCCUCCAGGGGGGCGUGAAGACCUUGAACAUUGAGACGGCCAGCAUGAAGCGUUCCAUGGGGGCGAUCGGGCGUAGACGUCUUGCUGCCGCGACGGGCGCCAUGGCCGUUGCGCCAGCGGAGAUGCCGCCCAGGUACACCGAGCUCGUCAACGUGGUCUCUGCGGUGGGGAUCAACAAGGGCAUCGGCUCGGCGUUCGAGGCCAAGGCAGGUCACGCCCCGACGCUGGCCCCGACGGUGGUGACGGUCCGCCAGAAGGAGAUCGACGUGGUCGCGGAGAUCCUGAAGUGCUUGCCGACGAAGCAGGCCUUGAAACUACUGCAGUCCCACCUGAAGGAGAACAGCUGGGGCACCCAGGCCAUUGCCGACGAUGCGAAGGGCAAGCGGAUCACUAACUUGUUGUCGAAGAGCUUCGACAGCAUGUGGUUUACCACGCUUCCGUGUCGGCUCGACUCGGACUUCGGGGCCAAGGUCUACAAGCCGCAGUUCAUGGGCAUGAAGCCUUGUUUCAUGAAUGUGAACCUCCCUCCGUUCGGCGUCAUGGAGGCGAGGCUGCCCAUCCAGGGCUCGGAGAUGGUCAUGGGCAUCCCCCUCGAUGACGUUCCUCCGCAGGGCGAUGACCUCCGAGCCAAGCGCGACUACUUGACGAGGGCGUCGGGGCAGGACGUGGCCCAGCUCGUUUCGGAUAAAGUUUUCUGCGCUGCGCACGACAACAAGCAGCUGCUCAUCAUCCCGUCGGGGUUCGUGUGCAUCACCGUCGCCGACUCGAAGGACGGCUGCGCGAUCAUCCGCUGGGGCAUCAGCUCCGACGCGCGCGACGCGCUCAGGGCGAAGGCGAGGGUCGACAUGAUGCUCGCCGCCUUCGCCGGGCUUCGCCAGGCGCGUGCUGGGAGCGACCUCGGCCAGGCGAUAUGGCUCAGUGAUUGCGCGAGCCAGUUGCUGCAUCUGUGCCUGCAGUGCAAGACAAGUGCCAAGGACAGGGAUGCGGUUGCGGAGAUGUGGGGAGGGCUCGAGGUCGGCCUGCGCGGCCAGGGAGGGGCGCCCGCCGCCGUGCCUCUGCCCAACGCCCGCGGCCGCAGCGCCGCCAUCCAUCCUCCUGUGCUGGCGGACGACUUAUACCGGAAGGUCUUCCUGGCGGCCCACGCCGCCCGGGAACUGUCCUGGGCAAGUCAGUCCGAGAGGCUGAUUGCGGCUUGGGGUGUGCAGGAUUGGCCGGUCUGGUCCCAGGCUCACCCGGGGGAGCAGCGCGAGGCGUACGUCGCGGCUGUGCAGCAGCAGGUUGCUCGCAAGUGCAGGGGGGAGUGGCAGCUCAGGGCGAGGGACCAUGACCGUCCUGUCCCUUUGCUCUCCCUGUGCGAGGGCCCGGUGCGGGAUCUGGCGACAGCUCUCCAGGGCGGGUGCAGCUGGGACGUUCUGCAGGGCAUGCGGUCCCUCAGCCGCUGGAGGGCUGGCCUCUUCAUCCUGGGGCACGUGGGCGGGCGCAGGUCGUGGGUUGCCGUGCAGAGCUGCGUGCUGUGUGGCGCGCGGCAUCGCAGUUUGUCGUUCCAUGUGUGCAGCGGCUGCCCGGGUACCGCAGAAGGCCGGGCUGCCUUCUGGGCGGCGCGGGCGCAGCCCCAGCCGGUCUCGCAGGAGGCUUGUGCGCGCGCGCUGCUGUCUGCCAGGCCGGGGGAGGCUGGCUACGCGGAGGCGGUCGCGCUCGCGGCGGGUGUGGACAAGCAGCAGCGACGGCCGGGCCGCGUCCCGAUGCCGAGCAGGGGUGGUGGCGGGGGGUACCCACUCGGGGAGGGCCUCUUCCAGUCAUCUCUCAUCGCCUCGCAGCUGCGCCCUGCGGUAUUUGGGGGCCGGUAUUGCUGGGCCUUCCUGUGGUUGAG